CGCCGGCGCCGCAGCCCCAACACGGCGCCACAGUUCCAGCCCUCCAGCUACCAGGCCUCGGUGGGGGAGAACCAGCCGGCGGGGACGCCGGUGACGCGGGUGACGGCGGUGGACCCCGACGAGGGGGAGGCGGGCCGGCUGCACUACGCCAUGGCUGCCCUCUUCGACAGCCGUUCCGACGCCCUCUUCGCCAUGGACCCCGACACCGGCGCCGUCACCACCGCCACCCCCCUGGACCGCGAGAGCAAGAGCACCCAUGUCUUCCGGGUGACGGCUGUGGACCACGGGACACCCCGGCGCAGCGCCAUGGCCACAUUGACGGUGACGGUGAGCGACGCCAACGACCACGACCCGGCCUUUGAGCAGCCUGAGUACCGGGAGAGCGUGCGGGAGAACCUGGAGGUGGGCUACGAGGUGCUGACGGUGCGGGCCACUGAUGGGGAUGCUGGUCCCAAUGCCAACGUCCUCUACCGUCUUCUCAAUGCCGGCGGCGCCAACGAGGUCUUUGAGAUCGAUCCCCGCUCAGGCGUCAUCCGCACCCGUGGCCCCGUGGACCGCGAGGCGGUGGAGGCCUUUGAGCUCUUGGUGGAGGCCACGGAUCAAGGCCAGGAGCCAGGACCCCGCAGCGCCACGGCCACCGUCCGCAUCGCUGUGGAGGACGACAACGACAACGCGCCGCAGUUCAGUGAGAAGCGUUACGUGGCGCAGGUCCCCGAGGAUGUGGCGCCCAACUCGGCCGUGCUGCGGGUGACGGCCACCGACCGCGACAAGGGCAGCAACGCCCUGGUGCACUACAGCAUUGUCAGCGGUAACACCCGCGGCCACUUCUACAUCGACGCGCAGACGGGCGCGCUGGACGUGGUCAGCCCCCUGGACUAUGAGGUUAGCAAGGAGUUCACCCUAAGGAUCCGGGCGCAGGACGGUGGCCGCCCACCCCUCUCCAACAUCAGCGGUUUGGUCACCAUCCAGGUGUUGGAUGUCAACGAUAACGCCCCCAUCUUUGUCAGCACACCCUUCCAGGCCACCGUGCUGGAGAACGUGCCGGUGGGUUACUCCGUCAUCCAUGUUCAAGCCAUCGAUGCCGAUUCAGGUGACAACGGCCGGCUGGUCUACACCCUCCUGGAGACCGGCGCCGGCUUCCCCUUUACCAUCAACAACAGCACCGGGUGGAUUGUGGUGGCCUCCGAGCUGGACCGGGAGGCGGUGGACUUCUACAACUUCGGGGUGGAGGCACAGGACCAGGGUAACCCCCCCAUGGCCUCCUCAGCCAGCGUCAGUGUCACCAUCUUGGAUGUCAAUGACAACAGCCCCGAGUUCACGCAACGGGAGUACAGCGCCCGCCUGAACGAGGACGCGGCGGUGGGCACCAGCGUCCUCACCGUCUCCGCUGUUGACCGUGAUGCCAACAGCGUCAUCACUUACCAGAUCUCCAGUGGCAACACCCGCAACCGCUUCUCCAUCACCAGCCAGAGCGGCGGUGGGCUCAUCUCCCUCGCCCUGCCCCUGGACUACAAGCUGGAGCGGCAGUACCUCCUCACCAUCGCCGCCUCUGACGGCACCCGCCAGGACAUGGCCCAGGUGGUCGUCAACGUCACUGACGCCAACACCCACCGACCCGUCUUCCAGAGCUCCCACUACACUGUCAAUGUCAACGAGGACCGGCCAGUGGGCACCACAGUGGUGGUCAUCAGCGCCACGGAUGAGGACACAGGGGAGAACGCCCGCAUCACCUACCUGAUGGAGGACAGCAUCCCCCAGUUCCGCAUUGCCGCCGAGACGGGGGCCGUCACCACCCAGAUGGAGCUGGACUACGAGGACCAGGUGUCCUACACCCUGGCCAUCACGGCGCGUGACAAUGGCAUCCCACAGAAGUCCGACACCACCUACCUGGAGAUCCUGGUGAGUGACGUCAAUGACAACGCACCCCAGUUCCUCCGUGACUCCUACCAGGGCUCCGUCUACGAGGAUGUGCCCGCCUUCACCAGCGUCCUCCAGGUAUCUGCCACUGACCGUGACUCAGGGCUCAAUGGCAGGGUCUUCUACACCUUCCAAGGGGGUGAUGAUGGGGAUGGCGACUUCAUCAUUGAGUCCACCUCUGGCAUCGUCCGCACCUUGCGCCGCCUCGACCGGGAGAACGUGCCGCUCUACGCCCUGCGGGCGUUCGCUGUUGAUAAGGGGGUCCCGGCCAAGCGGACACCGGUGGAGAUCCAAGUGACAGUGCUGGACGUCAAUGACAACCCGCCCGUCUUCGAGCGGGAUGAGUUUGACAUCUUUGUUGAGGAGAACAGCCCCAUUGGGCUAGUGGUGGCCCGGAUCACAGCCACUGACCCCGAUGAGGGCACCAACGCCCAAAUCAUGUACCAGAUCGUGGAGGGCAAUAUCCCUGAGGUCUUCCAGCUGGAUAUCUUCUCCGGCGAACUCACCGCCUUGGCCGACCUGGACUACGAGUCCAAGGCGGAGUACGUCAUGGUGGUCCAAGCCACCUCGGCCCCCCUGGUCAGCAGGGCCACCGUCCACGUUCGCCUUCGCGACGCCAACGACAACAGCCCCCAACUCAAGAACUUCGAGAUCCUCUUCAACAACUACAUCACCAACCGUUCGGGCAGCUUCCCUGGGGGGGUCAUCGGCCGCAUCCCGGCCCACGACCCCGACGUCUCCGACAGCCUCACCUACGCCUUUGAGCAGGGGAACGAGCUCAACCUGGUGCUGCUGGACCCCCACAGCGGGGACCUGCGCCUCAGCCCUGCCCUGGACAACAACCGCCCACUGGAGGCCGUCAUGAGGGUCUCCGUCUCGGACGGGGUCCACAGCGCGACGGCCCAGUGCACGCUGCGGGUGACGGUGAUCACGGACGAGAUGCUGAGCAACAGCAUCACCCUGCGCUUGGCCGACAUGUCCCAGGAGCGAUUCCUCUCCCCCCUGCUCAGCCGCUUCCUGGAGGGGGUGGCAGCUGUCCUGGCCACCCCCCGCCACCGUGUCGUCCUCUUCAAUAUCCAAACGGACACGGACGUGGGGACCGCCCGUAUCCUCAACGUCAGCCUCUCAGUGCUGCUGCCCACCUCGGGGCACGGCGCCCGCUUCUUCUCCUCCGAGGAGCUGCAGGAGCGGCUCUACCUCAACCGCUCGCUGCUGGCCGCCAUCUCGGCCCAGCGGGUCCUGCCCUUUGACGACAACAUCUGCCUGCGCGAGCCCUGCGAGAACUACAUGCGCUGCGUCUCCGUCCUCCAAUUCGACAGCUCGGCGCCCUUCCUCGCUUCUGACACCAUCCUCUUCCGCCCCAUCCAUCCCGUCACCGGCCUGCGCUGCCGCUGCCCGCCCGGCUUCACCGGCGACUACUGCGAGACGGAGAUCGACCUCUGUUACUCCAGCCCGUGCGGCAGCAACGGGCGGUGCCGGAGCCGCGAGGGCGGCUACACCUGCGAGUGCCACGAGGAUUUCACCGGGGAGCGCUGUGAGCUGAGCGCCCGGGGGGGUCGCUGCGCCCCGGGGGUCUGCCGCAACGGGGGCACCUGCCUCAACCUGCUGGUGGGGGGGUUCCGCUGCCAGUGCCCCCCCGGGCACUACGAGAAGCCCUUCUGCACCAUGAGCACCCGCAGCUUCCCCCCACGCUCCUUCCUCACCUUCCGCGGCCUCCGCCAGCGCUUCCACUUCACCCUCGCCCUGACGUUUGCCACCAAGGAGCGGGACGGGCUCCUGCUCUACAACGGGCGCUUCAACGAGAAGCACGACUUUGUGGCGCUGGAGAUCGUGGGCGAGCAGGUCCAGCUCACCUUCUCAGCAGGUGAGACCACCACCACGGUGUCACCCUUUGUGCCGGGUGGUGUCAGCGACGGGCAGUGGCACCGGGUCCAGCUCCACUACUACAACAAGCCGGUGCUGGGGCGGUCAGGGCUGCCCCAGGGCCCCUCGGAGCAGAAAGUGGCCGUGGUGACAGUGGACGACUGUGACACCGGCAUGGCUCUCCGGUUCGGCCCCGUCCUGGGCAACUACUCCUGUGCUGCCCAGGGCACCCAGUCUGGCAGCAAGAAGUCGCUGGAUCUGACGGGGCCGCUGCUGCUGGGCGGCGUGCCCACCCUGCCCGAGAGCUUCCCCAUCCGCAGCCGGCAGUUCGUGGGGUGCAUGCGGCACCUCCACAUUGACCAGCGCCCCGUCGACAUGGCCGCCUUCAUCGCCAACAAUGGCACCUUGCCCGGUGAGGGGCACAGGGGUCUGAGCGAGGGGCAGGCGGAGGCGGGCGUCUGGCAGGGGGGCUCCCGCCUGGCCUGGCUGCGGCUGCCCCACACCAAGGUCAACGAUGGCGACUGGCACCACCUCCAGCUGGAGCUGCGGGGGGCCCCUGGCCGCCCCCCCCCCGCCACCCUCCUCCUCCUCGCCCUCGACUAUGGCCGCCACCAGGCGGUGGCCGACGUGGCCGGGGAGCUGCAGGGGCUGCGGCUGCGGACACUGAGCGUGGGGGGGAUGGCGGGUGACGGCGGCACCGUGGAGCAGGGCUUCCGUGGCUGCCUGCAGGGCGUGCGUGUGGGCGAGACGGCGGCCAGCGCGGUGGCACUGAGCGUGGCGCAGGCGGCGCGGGUGAACGUGGAGGGGGGCUGUGCCCUGCCCGACCCCUGCGACUCGGGGCCCUGCCCCCCCCACAGCUACUGCAGCGACGACUGGGACAGCUUCUCCUGCCGCUGCCACCCCGGCUACUUCGGUGACAGCUGUGUCAGCGCUUGUGCCCUCAACCCCUGCCAGUCCCCAGCCACCUGCGCCCGCAAACCAGGCUCGGUGCAUGGUUACACAUGCGAGUGUCCCCAAGGUCACUUCGGUCCCUACUGCGAGCACAAGGAGGCCCAGCCGUGCCCGCGGGGGUGGUGGGGCCACCCCACCUGCGGCCCCUGCAGCUGCGACGUCACCAAGGGCUUCGACCCCGACUGCAACAAGACGACAGGCGAGUGUCGCUGCAAGGAGAACCACUACCGCCCAGCGGGCAGCGACUCUUGCCUGCUCUGCGACUGUUACCCCACCGGGUCCCUGUCCCGCCUCUGCGAUGCCACCAGCGGGCAGUGUCCCUGCAAGGCCGGCGUCAUCGGCCGCCACUGCGACCGCUGUGACAACCCCUUCGCCGAGGUGACGGCCAGCGGCUGCGAAGUCAACUACGACAGCUGUCCCCGUGCCAUCGAGGCCAGCAUUUGGUGGCCCCGCACCCGCUUCGGGCUGCCCGCCGCUGCCCCCUGCCCCAAGGGAUCCAUCGGCACAGCAGUCCGACACUGUGAUGAGCACAAGGGCUGGCUGCCCCCCAACCUCUUCAACUGCAGUUCCCUGGCCUUCGCCGCCCUCCGGGCCUGGGCGGAACGACUGUCGCGGAACGAGUCGGCACUGGACCCGGCGCAGUCGCGGCGCGUGGCCCUGCAGCUGCACGAUGCCACCCGCCGCACGGCCGCCUACUUCGGCAGCGACCUGCGCCUGGCGUACCGGCUGGCCAGCCGCCUGCUGCAGCACGAGAGCGCCCAGCGCGGCUUCCGCCUGGCCGCCACCCAGGACGUCCACUUCACCGAGAACCUGCUGCGGGUGGGCAGCGCCCUGCUGGACACCAGCAACAAGCGGCACUGGGAGCUGAUCCAGCAGACAGAGGGGGGCACGGCCUGGCUGCUGAAGCACUUCGAGGACUACGCCAGCGCCCUGGCGCAGAACAUGCCCCAGACCUACCUCAGCCCCUUCACCAUCGUCACCCCCAACAUCGUGGUGUCGGUGGUGCGGCUGGACAAGGGCAGCUUUGCGGGCGCCCGGCUGCCACGCUACGAGGCGCUGCGGGGGGAGAAGCCGCCCGACCUGGAGACCACCGUCAUCCUGCCAGACAGCGUCUUCCGGCCCCCCGAGGGCAGGCAAGCUACAGAGGAGGAGGAGGAGGAGGAGGAGGAGGAUGAAGAGGAGGAGGUGACCCUGGUGACCCGGCACAAGCGCCACCCGGCACUGGGCGAGGGCCAGGCCAUCGCCAGCGUCAUCAUCUACCGUACCCUGGCCGGACUCCUGCCCGAGCAGUACGACACCGACAAGCGCAGCCUCAGGGUGCCCAAGCGCCCUAUCAUCAACACACCGGUGGUGAGCAUCAGCGUGCACGCGGGGGGGGCACGGGCACCGCGGGCGCUGGCGAAGCCCAUCACCCUCCAGUUCCGGCUGUUGGAGACCCAGGAGCGCUCGAAGCCCAUCUGCGUCUUCUGGAACCACUCCCUGCUGGCGGGCGGCACGGGUGGCUGGUCGGCGCGGGGCUGUGAGGUCGUCUUCCGCAACCGGAGCCACGUCAGCUGCCAGUGCCACCACCUGACCAGCUUCGCCGUCCUCAUGGACAUCUCCCGCCGUGAGCUGGCGUGCACGGUGGUGGCCAUCCUGCUGCAGUUCCUCUACAUGAGCGCGGUGGGCUGGGCGCUGUUGGAGGGGCUGCACCUCUACCGGCGCCGCAGCGAGCCCCGCCACGUCGACCGUGGGCCCAUGCGCUUCUACCAUGUCCUGGGCUGGGGGCUGCCCGCCUUCAUCACCGGGCUGGCGGUGGGGCUGGACCCCGAGGGCUACGGCAACCCCGACUUCUGCUGGCUCUCCAUCCACGACAGCCUGGUCUGGAGCCUGGCGGGGCCCAUCGCCUGCGCCGUGGCCGUCAGCAUCUUCUUCCUCGUGCUGGCGGCCAGGGCCACCUGCGCCACCCCGCAGGGCUUCGAGAAGAAGGGCACGGCCUCUGGGCUGCAGACGGCGGUGGUGGUGCUGGCGCUGCCCAGCCUGGCCUGGCUCCUGGCCCUGCUCUCCGUCAACAGCGACGCUCUCCUCUUUCACUACCUCUUCGCCGUCUCCAACUGCCUCCAGGGCCCCCUCAUCUUCCUCUUCUGCGUGGUGCUGAGCAAGGAGGUGCGGCGGAGCCUGCGGCUCAGCUGCACCCGCAGGCGCAGCCCCGACCCCGCGCUGGCCACCAAAUCCACCCUGACCCCCGCCUAUGGCUGUGACAGCACCUACGUGGCGGGGCGGCUGUACCCAGCACCCACCGGCGGCUCCACUGGCUCCCUGCACAGCACCGCACGCUCUGGCAAGAGCCACCACAGCUACAUCCCCUUCGUGCGCCGGGAGGACUCGGGGCUGGCGGGCAGCCCAGGGCAGCGGGCGCUGGCCGAGCCAGGGGGGCUCUUCCUCGACGCCCAGGACCAGCCUGAAGAGCACGACACAGACUCGGACAGUGACCUGUCGCUGGAGGAUGACCGGAGCGGCUCCUAUGGCUCCACGCACUCCUCUGAGAGCGAGGAUGAGGCCCCCCCCGCUGGCUGGGACACCUUGCCCGGGCCCUCCCUAUCCCCCCCAGCCCCCGGUGACAGCCUGGUGGCCCCAGGGCGGCCGUACUGGCCAGGGGAAUUCAUGACUACGGCCAGCGAGAGCGAGGGGCACGGGGGCAGCGAGACCCUGCGGGUGGAGCCGGCGGGGGGUGAGGGACCCCCCCGGGGUGAGCCCCCCCGCCUUAAUGGCGAGGCGCUCCCUAGGGACCCCCCGCUGCUGCCCCUGCCACACCCCCACAAAGGCAUCCUGAAGAAGAAGUGCCUGCCCCCCAUCAGCGAGCGGGGCAGCACCCAGCGCCUCGGGCCCCCCCCGCCACCUCCCACGGGCACCGCCACCUCCUCGGGCAGCGAGGGCAGCCGGGUGGGGGGCACCGGCGCCCCCCGCCCCCGCCAGACCCUGCAGGAGCAGCUCAGCGGUGUCACCCCCAUCGCCAUGAGCAUCAAGGCGGGCACCGUGGACGAGGACUCCUCCGGCUCUGAAUUUCUGUUUUUUAAUUUU